GCCAGAAAUUCUGCCCAGGGCAUCACAGCAAAAGCAACAACCGCGUUUGCAUCUCCAAAAAGCGCGACAGCAACCCCUCGACAUUCCCCAUACCACACCGAAUGAUACCCAUGGGAACAAGAUGAGCGCACGGGAUUUUGAGAUUCUCUACAAAGAGACGCGCCUUAACCUCGAGCCGUCCACAUCGUCGUCGAUUGUCCAGAUCCGCGUCGGAUCGCACAACCAGAGCUCCUUCAGCAGGUCGACAACAGCAAGCGCGCGCGCCAUCAACGCCGCCGACGACGAGAAGGCCUACCGAAUCCGGAACCUAGCCACUGCUUCAUCAGUAUACUACCGAAAGCACCAUGUCUCGCCCCGUGGAUUCCAUUGGCGAGUCCUCGAGAAUGACACCGUCCUGAGCAUCCGCGCGGCCGAUGUCUGCAAACCACAACACAACGAUACCGACGCGCCCUUGGUCUUGAACCUCCGCUUCCCCUCGCCGAUACGAACCUCUUGCAUUGGCUUCUCCGACCCAGAGGCCCACGAUGCCCUCUGCGUUCAUGUCGUGGACCAGUCCAAUCAGCUCCACACCAUCACUCUUCGCCCAGAUCACUUCAGGAAGAGGCUAGCAACCGAUGGCGGGCUGGGCGACUUGUGCAAGUCGUACUCGCCGCCCGGGUUCGGCUUCAAGCAACCACACCGGCUCGUGGUUGUGAACCAUGACCAGCUAAUUGUCACAAUGCACGAUGGAGGAAUCCUCAGGUUCGACAGGACUAGCAGAUCAAACGCAAACGGCAACCCAUGGAAGGAGACUAUCUACAACGUUGCUGGAUGGGGACAGAGCUUACAAAAGCUGGUUCCUUUCAAGCGAGAUCCGACAGUGCGGUACGGCAACACCAACAUGGAGCUAACAGCAGCUACGUCGACAGCGAUCACGAAUGCGGGCAUCGAUGACGCCGCCUUUUUGUUUACUAUCUGCCUGGACCACCGCAUGCGGGUGUGGGAUGUGCGGACGGGCCAGAUUAUGUAUACGGGCGACAUCUUGAACGCUAAGCGCGAUCCUCAGGACAUCGCCCGAUGGACUAUCGACCCUUCUCAAACAAACCUAAUCCGUAUUCUGGACAAUGGCCCCGGCCAAUGUUUGGUCGUCACCUACUCGCCAAUAGGGUCGGGCGAGUUCAAAUUCUGGAAAGUGAAGGCCAACGCCCAAGGAUCGAUUCAUGUUGCCGACUGCUUCCCCGAACAGAAGCUGGUCCCGGCUAGCCCAUCUUCUCUGGAUAUCUGGACCCUGGCCGACUUUGCUGUGGCACAACAAGCAGAGGGGCCUGAGCUGUGGACACUGUGGAAGAACAAUAUCACCUACCGGGUCCAGAAGCUCCAGGUACACCCAAAAAGUGCCAGCGGACCUUUCGACGAUGGUUGGAAAAUGGUGAAUAUCGAAUCUUCGGCAGCAUCUGCACAGACAUCGGGGCCUUGUGAUCCCGUGGAUUCAAGCGAGAAGUGGUUGGAACUUAUCUUCUUCCCGGGGAGGUUCUCCAAGUCGACGCUCGAGACAGCACUGGUGAUGUACGAAAAGGGCCUCGGAACGUACAAGGAGGGUAAUUCGAGAUCAAACAAGAGCAUCGCAGAGUCGAUUUGCUCCAUCCUUGGGUCUACCACAACCCUCGAUCGGAGCUCGGUCGGAGGGCUGGAUUAUGAACAGUUCAGGAACACGAGCGAGACUCAGUGGACAAGGUUUUGGCGAUUGCUACUUGAGCUGGACAAGCAAAGGGGUGAAGCACUAUCCCUGGUUCUUGAUCCUGUGGAUGGCAUGAUCUGGGUUGCGUGUGCUGAUCUCUUGUCUGCUAUCAGGCAAUGCAGCGACCUUGACCGAAUUUAUCAUAAUAUCGAAACCCCCAGCCAGAAGGAUCAGGACGUUGCGGCCUUGGUAUCGGCUGGUCUGAACUUUGUCGACGUCUUCUCGGACAGCAUGUUGGAGUUGACCAGAGCGGCUCUAAGGCCAGAGCUCUUUGAGGAAUCAUCACUAUCGGAUGCCGAGCGCAUGCAACAGUUUUACGAUAAGGCAGGGUUCUGGCGUCAAGUGACCGAAGAGGAUGUGGCUCAAGUGGUGGAAACCCUGGGACAAAACUUCCAAAUGGUUACUCCUAGGUUGUACGAAGAUUUGUUCGAGCUAAUCACAGCGGCGGGUGAUAGGAACUCGCAGGAGUUGCGAGCGCCGUUCACAGGGUUUGGGCGGAAACUGGUCAUCCGGACAGUGCAGGAGACGAUCGAGCUUCAUUGGAAGAUACUCUUCAGCCAACUCAUCCUUCUGGUUCACAUGGAGGAUGAGAUCGAAGACGAGAAGAGUGCAUUACACGCCAGGUUUGACGUCGGCCUGGUCUACCGCAAACUGGUUGAUGCUCUUAAGCGGCUCGAGCAUCUCCGGUGGAUGGUCAAGACAGAGCUUACGAUCCCCGUGCCCAAGGCUGAUCACUCUGGCUCAGCAUCACCUGUGGCCAACCGUGGUAAGGAGGAGACGUAUGCCAUCACUGCCUUGGAAGGACUGAUUGGGCACCUCCUGGGAUUACCAGAAAGCCACGGUGAACCUCUGUUGUCUAGCAUCACUGAUGUCGUUCUUGACAUCUGUGCUCCGACUAGCUCGAACGAGCUCGACAAUGGAAUCAUGCAAUGCUGGCUUCUCAAGCAGGGCCGUCCUGACCUCGCGAAGGAGCUCAACCCGUUUGCUCAGCAAGAUCCCUUUUCUACUUACAUCCAGGGUCGCGUGUUCCUUGCCCUCAACGAGCACAACACUGCCGCUCAGUGCUUCAAGAAGGCAUCAGUCGGCCUAAGCACAGAGCGCACGACUGUGCAACGGCAUAGCGCUGGCCUUCUCGACGAUACCGAGUGGAAGUUGCUUUACAGCGGACUUCCCAACUACUACGCUCACAUCGUCAACCUUUUCGAACGGCAAAAGGCCUAUUCAUACGUGGUUGAGUUCUCCAAGAUUGCUCUGCAGUUCAUUCAGGACAACCAGGAGGAUGACAACACCAGCAGCCAGCGGGCUAAGCACAACGACGUCAAGACGGAAAUGCUUUCCCGCCUCUUUACCGCCUCCACGGCCAUCUCGCAAUUCGACGUCGCACACUCCACUCUACUCGCCAUGGUUGACGACGAGGUGCUGCAAAAGUCGUACCUCCGCAAGCUCGUCGAGAAGAUGUGCGAGGCUGGCCAAAACACGGAGCUGGUCAACCUGCCCUUCUCCGGUCUGCAAACCAUGGUCGACGAGAUCCUGGUCGAGAAGUGCCGGCAAGUCCGCGACGUGCUCAGCGGCGCGCCGUACCACCAGAUCCUGUACGCCUGGCGCAUCAGCCACAACGACUACCGCGGCGGCGCCGCCGUCCUGCUCGACCGGCUGCAGAAGCUCAGACAGAUGGGCGAAGGCGACAAGGUCGGUGUCAGCGGGGAGGACGCGCUGGAUACGCAAGUGACGAGACAAUACCUGUUGCUCAUCAACGCGCUGAGCUGCGUCCAGGCCAAGGGUGAGGCGUACAUCCUCGAGGACAUCCUCUCCGACGAAGAGGAGGAAGACCAAGACGUAAAGCCUAACGGGAAGGGUGGUGGUGAUAACCUAGAAGACCAUCUUGACGAUCUUCUGGAGCGCCUUGACACCGCUGAAGACCCUGCCCAACAACACCAACAACAGCAACAGCAACCCUCCAAGAAGAAGACAGCAGGAAGGACCACCAGGGCCUCGGCAGCGGCUGCUUCCUCGACUGAAUCUCAGCACGAGGAGGAUCGUGUCCUCGCCGAGAAGUUGAGGCAGUUUUCCACCGCUUCCGAAUCGUUCUCUGGCGAGCCGCGCAGGAGGCUGCUUACGCUCGCCGACAUCCGGAAGCAGUACCAGCAGGAGCUGGACAGGAUCGUGGCGAUCCAGAACAACCAGUUUGGAUUCACGGAUGGGUUUGAUGGUGACGAUGGGGAUGUUCUCAUGUCAUGAGUGAGUUGGUUGGUCUGCAUGUUUGGCUUGUCUGGUUGCUUGCUUCAUUGUAAUGCUAGAAUGAUGAGAAUUUAUCGAAAUCAUGGAUAAAAAAAGGGGGAUA